AUGGCCAUUUUGCCCCGAGAAACACUGGUCGCUGGUGGUGCGAGCGCAGAGUCGUCGCAGUUUGGUAGAUCGUCGCCUUACCCUAAACUUACCAUCACGCUUGCCGUGCUUAUACCAGUGGUUGCCAUUUUGGGACUAUUGGUAUGCUUUUGCUAUCGCAGGAAGAGACGGACGAAGGAAGACGUGAUCGAAACAGAAGCUGUUCCAAGUUUCAAGGUCCUUCGGGUGAGGAAGUUCGUUCCGAAUGAUGAUGUCGAGGCCGGCUUAUGGCGCGUAGUCGGCGAGGAGAUACCAUGUGCGAGCAGCUCCAGUACCACUACGAAAAAUGAGGAGUCUGAAGCCCGAGAUGAUGAGCUCGCUCGGUCUAGAUUCUCAGACAAGGAAGUGGUGCAGAGCACUGCUCAUACUGGAUUGGUACAAGAAUCUCGUCCGGAUGAAGUGGAAACAGAACGGACGAGUUUGGUCAAUCGUAUCAGGAAGAUACGCGGAGUCUGGCCUGGUCCCAAAAAAUUCAACGACACCACUUCAGCAGCACAAUCAAAGACAACGCUGAGAGUAUCCAGUAGCACGUACAAGAAAGAUGCAGGCUCGAGUAAGGGGAAAGAACAUCUUGCUUCGGAGGAGGUCCUUGGUAUCGACAAACGAUCGAUGUUACAGAGGCUCACGGACCCUCAUGCCCAUCGCUCCUCACAUCUCCGUAUCGCGCCAGCAAACCUGGAUCAGUCAAGUACUUUCGUGAACCCAAGCGAUGUCGAGUAUGCGCCCAAUCCGGUGAUAUUCUCGCAUCUUUAUGGGUCUUCAAAUGCAUUCCAACCUAUGCCGCCAAUAUCAGAAGUAGACGCAACAAGCAAGCCCAAAGUACAGGCAAAGGAGCCAUUCGAGCUGGAUGCGGUUGAUAGCGAGUUCAACCCUUGGCAUCAUGCACCCAUGCCUAUCGUGGGCAAAGUACCUCAUCGAUGGGAGAAAACCCUUGGUAGUAAUCGCAUGUUCUUCGACGCAGAAGCCGAACUGAUGUCAGGACGUAAGAGACGUUCGCUAUCCGACCAUCAUCAUUCUCCAGAACCUCCACGGCGGAAACGAAAGCUCAAGCUUUUCAAAGCGAGAUCUCCCAGGCCUACAUCGGAUGGUACGAAUUCCAGGCUUGCAGAUAAACGAUCCUGCACUAGCUUUCCAGAUCGUUCCCAGGACCAAGCCGCGACAUCCUCCAAAUUAUCAGACCUACGGCAAGAGACCGAUGUGUUUUUGUCCUCAGAAUCAGAUUUAGCACAUCCGAAUGUCUGGAUUCCGACCGCAGUGCCAGUGUCACUACCUGUCGUACUGCCUUCCGCAUAUCCGUCGUUGGUGCUGGCGGACGAAGAUCACCAGUGGUAG